AUGGUCACGUGCCCGCCACCGCCGCGGGCUUUUUGCUUUGGCUUUUGGCUGAUUUGGCUUCAAGCCUUCGAUUUGGAUCGCGGGCUGGCUCCUCCUCGUCGUCGUGAUGCUGCAUCUGCGCCCAUCCCUAUUCAACAAUUCCGGUCACCAGUUGCGUCUGACCUGAUACCUUUGCCCGAUCCCUCCGACGAAUCGCUCCUCCAAUCUACCACCUUCUAUAACUCGGUGACGUCCAUUCUCUCAAAGCUGGAUUCCCGCGACAAAGACGGGGCCCCCGCAGCCGUCGUCCCGCCCUCCUCCCCUCCGGCCCCUCAACCCCCUAGCAGCAUUGGCGGCGGCGGCGAGGAUGGCAGCGACAGCGACGGCCACUCGGUCCCCUCGUCGGCCCUUCACCCCCGUGUGGCUGUCAUCCUAGGUGUGGAUCGCAAAUGGUACCUGCCUCUGGUGAUCUGCCGCGCGCUGAGCACCGUCCCGGCCGCAUGGUGGGGUUUGCGAUGUGCGUUCACAUUCUUGGCCGAGCUGCUGCACAUCCAACCCGGAAUGGGAGGGGAGGGGUGGGCGGCGGCGAUAGUUGGGAGUGUCGGGCAAGACUGGGAUGUUGAGCGAAGAUUCCGAGUCACCGAAGUGGCUUUGGCGAUUAUGUGGUGCUGUGCAUCCGCAUAUCUUUCUUACUUUUUUGCUGAUUGUAUGAUGUCUCGAUGGCUUUUGAACUAUACCCCGCCAGCUGUUGUUAUUCGUCUCCUCACUACGAACGGGUUGAUUGCUUAUAUCACUUCUUGGGUCCUUUAUCUUUCCGGGGCUUCUUAUGACCCCCGUCUGCUUCUCCCUGCCUGGAUCUCCAUCACGACGACCCUCACCUUUCUCUACCACGCCACGCAAAACCAUGCCACGAUCAAGCGUGAAACGGCGGCGGCGCUGCUCGUCGUCGCGGUCGCCAGCUUCGUGAGCAUGUCCUCCUUGCUCCUACAGUUGCACCUCACCCGCGAGAACGAACCCGAGGUGCCCGUCUUCGUCAUCACCCGAAAACUCUGGGACUGGGCGGUUCAGAUCUUCCUGCGCAUGCGGGUUGCGGAUAGUCGGGCGUAUCGUCCGGGCGAACUGUAAAGACGGACUGACUGUAAGAUUAACCCAGGUAGAUAAUGACUUCGUAUGGGCCAUGUCCAUUUCGUGGUUUCCCUAAGUCAACUGUUCCCAUAGCUAGCUACUACCUCCAAUCUACCCCUAUU